GGAUGAGAGUGAGGUCUCGGAGCAUCUCAGUGCCAGCUCGGCUCCUGCCAUCCAGCAGGACGGCAUUGCCAGCAUGCAGCCACCAUCUGAAGCCCCCGUGGUGAACACAGUCAGCGCAGCUUAUUCUGAGGAUUUUGAAAACUCUCCAAGUCUGACGGCAUCUGAGCCAACCGCCCGUUCCAAGGAGUCUCUUGACAGAACACUGGACGCUCUGUCUGAAUCCUCUUCAAGUGUGAAGACAGACCUUCCACAAACAGCCGAGGCUAGGAAAAAGUCAGGCAGGCACGUGACAAGGGUGCUUGUGAAGGACACAGCUGUGCAGACGCCGGACCCCACCUUCACCUAUGAGUGGACCAAAGAUAGUGGCCGGUAUGGCAGCCAUGGGGCCUGCCCUGGGAGGUGCCUACGUGGACCCGACACCCAUCGCCAAUCAUGUUAUCAGCGCGGAUGCAAUAGAAGGUAA